AGAAGUAAGUUAUGUUAAAAAAACCUUAUUUAUUGGAGAGGCAACAACUAGAAUCAAUAAUGAAGAAUUUUUUAACUUUCGAUUUAAAGGAUAUUGUAAUGAAACUACUAACCUCAUAGAUGAUGAUAUUAAAAAACACUCCUUUGGAAUGAUGGUUGGAAGAUAUGCAUAUGAUGAUGAAGAAGACAUUAAUUAUGUUGUGCCAGCUCAAUUUACAACAAUAAACUUGAAUACUUUGAAUGAAAAUCCAUCGAAAUUUGACUUACCCAUAUCACCACCAAUUUGGACAUUCACUGGCCAUGUAAAAGAUCCCUUCAAUGAUGAUGAUGAUAAUUCCAUCUUCAGAUUGAAUAGAGAUAUAUACAAUGGUUAUACCAAGACUACAUCAAACACUUCAGUUAUUUGCACAUUGAAGAAAAAAAACAAAGCUUCAUAUAUAGAAGAUGCAAUAAAUAAAAUGCCUAUUGUUUCAGUAUGUGGUGAAUUAUUAGUAUGUGGUGGCUCAGUCUUUAAUUUCCCUAGUGUAAUUGAGUGGAACUAUCUAAGUAAUAAUAAUGCAGAUACACAAAGUAAUGAAGGCGAAAAAGCAAACAAAAAGAGAAAAAAAAAUUUAGAAAGUCUACAAAAAAUUUCAAAUAGAUAUAAAGGCAAAGAUAAAAAAGAACAAAAAAACAAAAAAAUGUUUGACACUAAUAAGCCUUCAAAUUCCAAAAAAAAAGGAAACAAUAGUAACAAUUUGGAAAGUUUCAUAGAUUUAGUUGAUGAUGUUACAAAUUCAAAAGAUAAGG